AUGCCUAGCAUAGAAAUGAAUAAAUUUAACAUAUGCAAAACAUACAAGAAAGCACAGAAUAAUGCCAUCGAGCAAAAAUGUACCGUUUCCUUCAGCUGGUUUGUCCAUCGAGCUGGUCGGAGUGCAAGAUGUGGCAAAGUGGGAAAUAAUGUAUUAUUCCUUACACCAGAAGAAACGGCUUAUGUCGAAUUUAUCGAAAAAUACGAAAAAGUUUCGUUGAUUGAAAUGGAAGCAAAUCUGAAGGAAGGCAAUGGUGGAGCGGAACAAAUAAGGCAACAUAUUAUUGAAAUGGCUUCAAAAGAGCGAGAAAUCUUGGAGUGUGGUACUCGAGCUUUCUUGUCCUUCGUUGAGUCGUAUGUACGCCAUGAUUGCAACGUAGUGUGUUCCUUUAAAGAUCUGGAUGUUACUGGCUACGGCCACGCUUACGGAUUGCUGCGUCUUCCUCGCAUGAAAGAAUUUCACCGUAGCGAUUUGAGUAAAUUUAAACGCUCUGAACUAAAUACUUCUGAAAUACCUUAUAAAAAUGCUGAAAAAGAGAAGCGAAGGCAAGAAAAAUUACUGCUUCUGAAAACCAAAGAUAAAUCAGUGGAAAAGGCAGGCAGAACUCAGAAAAAAUGGUUAGAUACCACACAAGCAUCCAAAAAUUCUGCAAAGAAGCGACGGCACAGCGAAACUAAGGAGAAUAUAGAUGAUAUCGCGUCAGACUUCGUAUUACUGAAGAAAUUAAAAAAAGGAAGAUUGAAAAAAAAGGAAUACGAUGAACUAAUGGCUGAUAAUUCCGCCGGUGGACAACAAGCAGCGCACCUACCAAGGGUAGGCUUAAGUUCUGACUAA